AGGCGUUUACUUUCUGUAAAAAAACAUCUGAGUUGCUAUGAGCAGAUUAGCAUGUAGCUAACGUUAGCGAGUGGAGUUAUUUGCGCUAAAUUAGUCCGGAGGAUAGCCGUAUUCCAUGAAGCUUUAGUGGAAACAUUGCAAAAGAAUUAACCCAGUCAAAGUACAUUUUUAUCGCAUUGUUAUCGUUAUGAUAAAUUAAAAGAUCAUAAAAACUAAAAGACGAACGAACGUUUUAACGGCUCAGUCGCUCGUUAACUUUAGCUCCGUUAGCAUAACGUAUUUAGUGUUUCUCCUUAGAGGCAGCGUUAAUGUAAGAUAUUAAUCAAUAAAUGAAGGUGAGGAGUCUGAGUUGUUGGCUUUGACUCUGAGGAGGCAGCAGGCGAUCAGGCCACAACUCUCACACUUCAGACUGAGCUGAAGACCUGUAGUGUCGAAGGAGAGAGGGUCAAACACCUGGAGGAGAAAGGAAACUCACACCCCCCACACACACUGAAGACUCAGCAAGGGUGGAAAGCUUUUUGGGCUUUGGACUCAGUUACCCCUUGUGUGAUUUUUGAUUUCAGGAUCCAUUUUUUUGGAGUGACUUAUACCCACACAGUGGAAAUAAACAGAAAGCAUUACGGACUAUACUUUUGGGGAGAUACUUGUACAAAGUUGGGCAUUUUCUUUCCUUUUUUUUUUUUUUUUUGUCAAGAACAGGGAUAUUGAGCAACUCUAAUGGACUCAAAAGUGGAAAUAAGAAAUACUGUUCAAUUCACAAAGAGAAGUUUAAGUAUUGAAGUAAGAUUAUAUUGAAGAUCCCCAAGUUCAGAUUGCCUUAGUUGUUCUGUUUCAGGACUUGAACUGCUUCAAUACUUGUUCACAUAUAAUUUUUCUAUAUUGUGGACAAGUAUAUUCAUGCAUAUGAAUGCAAAUUUCUCUUCAUUUUGAAGAGCUCUUCUGUAAAAAGUUUUUUUUUUUUUUUUUGGUUGUUGUUUUGUGUACGUCAGUCACUCUGUUGUUGAAGGGGACCGAACUGCACGUACGUGUGUAUAUGUAAAUACUACGAAUCCACUUCUGUCGUCAGCUUUGGACUUCAAACAAAAAAAGAGAGAUAGAAUAUCGUUUGUUAAUGCUUUAUUAAACUUUUUUACAUCUGAAGAGAAUUUUUAAAAAUUAAACCUAAGACGCAAAAAUCUAAUACUUCAAAGGACAGAAAAAAAGAAGACAAAAACAGGGAAAAUGGCAACCGCCAGAACAGAAAGUGUGGGCCCGGUCGUCAUGGGACUGAAUAAGCAGAACGGGCAGCUCAGAGGGCAGACCAAACCAGCUGCAGUCCAGCCAGCACCAACAACUCAAGGAAAGACUUUGGGUGCUCCCCAGAAAGCAGGAGGAGCCUCUCAGGACGGAGGUGGUAUCAAGUUUGGAGAUGACUGGAAAAAGAGCCUACAGCUCCCUCCCAAAGACAACAGGGUCAAAACCUCAGAUGUGACGUCCACAAAGGGGAAUGAGUUUGAAGAUUAUUGUCUCAAAAGAGAACUCCUGAUGGGCAUCUUUGAGAUGGGUUGGGAGAAACCUUCCCCUAUUCAGGAGGAGAGCAUUCCCAUCGCCCUGUCUGGACGGGACAUUCUGGCCCGAGCCAAGAAUGGAACAGGGAAAAGUGGAGCCUAUCUCAUCCCACUGCUGGAAAGGAUAGACCUGAAAAAGGACCACAUACAGGCCAUUGUCAUGGUGCCCACUCGUGAGCUGGCACUGCAGAUGAGCCAGAUCUGCAUCCAGCUCAGCAAACACCUGGGAGGAGUCAAAGUCAUGGCCACCACCGGGGGCACCAACCUGAGAGAUGACAUCAUGCGUCUGGAUGAGACUGUGCAUGUGGUCAUUGCCACGCCUGGCAGGAUCCUGGACUUGAUAAAGAAGGGCGUGGCAAAGGUGGAUAAAGUCCAGAUGAUGGUGAUGGAUGAGGCGGAUAAGCUGCUGUCUCAGGAUUUUGUGGUGCUUAUUGAAGAUAUUAUUAGUUUCCUGGCCAAGAACAGACAGAUCCUGCUCUACUCUGCAACCUUCCCCAUCAGUGUGCAGAAGUUCAUGGCCAAGCACCUUCAGAAGCCCUAUGAGAUAAACCUGAUGGAGGAGCUUACUCUGAAGGGCAUUACUCAGUACUAUGCCUACGUCACAGAGAGGCAGAAAGUUCACUGCCUCAACACACUCUUCUCCAGGCUUCAAAUCAACCAGUCAAUCAUCUUCUGUAACUCCACUCAGAGAGUGGAGCUCUUGGCCAAGAAGAUCACUCAGCUGGGCUACUCCUGCUUCUACAUCCACGCUAAAAUGAUGCAGGAAUACAGAAACCGUGUGUUCCACGACUUCAGAAAUGGACUGUGCAGAAAUCUGGUGUGCACUGAUCUGUUCACCAGAGGAAUUGACAUCCAGGCAGUAAACGUGGUUAUCAACUUCGACUUCCCGAAGAACGCAGAGACUUACCUGCAUCGUAUUGGAAGAUCAGGGCGGUUUGGACACCUGGGCUUGGCCAUCAACCUGAUCACAUCGGAGGAUCGCUUCAACCUGAAGGCCAUUGAAGACCAGCUGGUGACCGACAUUAAGCCCAUUCCCAGCAGCAUCGACAAGAGCCUCUAUGUGGCCGAGUACCACUCAACUAGCGGAGAUUGUGACGUGGAGGAGGUCGAGGAGAAGCGCCAACAGGACAGCACCUAAAACAGGAUGCUGAGACACACCAGGCUUUUGCACAGACAUCAGCGCUUGCACCCAGGCUUCAGGCAACUCUUCAUUUUUACAUUCGUCACUUGUUUUCCGAGCCUGUGGAAUGGAUGUCUUUAAAAAAAAAAAAAAAUCAAACAAAAAAAAGAAACAAAGGCUGUUUUUAUUUUGGAGCAUUUCUUUAGCUUUUCCUCAACAAGAGCUGCCUCAUUAUUUUAUACAUUUAGAGGUUUAAAGUGUGCUUUGCACCAAGCUGGGACCGCGAGAAAGCUUAACAAUUCCUAGAAUUAGAGAAAUGAGCUGUUUUGAACCCGUCGCCUUUGGAGACAGUUUUCACUUCCAGCAGCAAAGUUGGUCUAUUUUGGGGUUUUUUUUGUUUUCUUUUGUUCUUUUUGUUUUUCUUUUUUUAAAAGUGGUGCACUUACACCAGCCAUCACUCUGUCCACUCACACUGCUGUGGUCACUUAAGUGCCUUACUUGACUCCCGUGUGCACUCAUCCAUUCAUAGCCUGCUGCCGACUGUCACGCAGCAGAGUACGAGCACAAAGACGAAUCAAUAGUAACCCGAGUUUAUUGAAACUUUAGUCAUUAUGCAAAGGAAAAAAGGACAACACACUGCUCUCCCGCUGAGAGGUGUGCAGAAACAUGGCUCAAAACCAUCCUGAAUGUGAACGUUUGUUUUUAAUGUGAACGUUGCAAUAAAAAAAAAAAAAAGGGCAGCUUUAUUUAAAUACUACGUGACUGUUUUUCCCUUCCACCAUGAAUAAAACAUGAGCAGAGCUAAUGUGAGAAGACGGCCCCUGUACUGAUUCGUAGAGUAUGUUGGCCUGCAGAUACACACAAGCAGCAUGGGAGAUGAGUAGCAGCUUCAUUAAAUUAAAGCUGUUGUUCUUUUACAGCUAAGAAAAAUAUAUAUAUUGACUGGUAAAUAGUGUAAAUCUUUUGGUCGCUGUAGCUGCUGGAUGAAAAUAUGUUCUCUUAUCCUGAAAAGGAUGAUGCAUUCAAGACUCUUUCAAAACAGCUGAUAAAUGAGCUUCAGCAUGUCCACGAUUGGUGCAAAACAACACUUUUAACUUUUUCUUUCCCCACACAGCUUCUGUUUUUU